CCAAUGUCACCCCUCUCCCCUCGGUACUCCUUUUCAUGCUCUUUUUCUUUUUCUUUCUUUCAUUUAUCUUUACAUUCUCGCUCCAAAAACAAACAUACACACAAAGCUAGAUUUUUUGUGCCUCUGGCAUGAGUAUAUGAACGCUUCUCUAUGGGUUUGUCAUGUGGAGAGGAUGAUUUUGAAAAGAAUGGAAGUCAUGAAGUUCCGUUAAUAGUUGACAGCAGAGAGACUAGAGUCAGUGGUGGCUAUAUGGAUUUACAACAUCGUCAUCAUGCAGUUGAGUACGAGGUCGAAUUCUGGCCAGUUGAACACCCAAUGGAACCACAGGAUGAAGAUCGUCCUGUCAAAUGUCCAAUGCCAACCUCUUCUGUUAUCAAGAAUGGAAGGGCGCAUGAGGAGAGAUUAGAGAAGAGAGCGGACGAUCUACUACUACCUGCGGUAAUGAACAAACAAGGCAUUGUUGUGGUGGCUGCAGAGCCCCAAGUCCGAGCAGUGCGUAAAAGGCACCAUACACUUACCCGUCAGGACCACCGUGUAAUAGCACCUGAUCUAACAAGGAUGGCUUCAAUUCCUGCUCUGCCAACUCAGAACGUCACCAUUUUUCAAAUGCUUCAAGAACUCGACAAGUUCGAUCAGUAUUAAAAAGAUUUGGAUGGAUAAUUAGCAUGACACUCUGCAAUACCAUUUGUCCUUCUAAUGUGUCAUCACGAGAGAGAGAGAGAGAGAGAGAGAGAGAGGCACCAUUUUUUGCAUUGAACAGAUGUUCCACGCCACAUGACCGGAUCCAUUCAUGACUUAACUAGCUUCUUGUGAAUCCUUCCAUAUUCCUCAACCGGGUAAAGGAUCUAAUUGUAAAUUUGCCUCCUCAGUCUUGAAGAAUUCUCUGGAGUUGUACGAGGAAUAAAACUCGACUUCCAAAGAUCAUGAGACUGGAUGCUGUCUGUUAGCAUAGUAGCCUGAGAUUUAGAAUCUAAGAACAUCUAUUACGAUGUUGUUCAAGUUAUCAGUCUAUUGGGUACCUUUGCGGUGGACCUAAAAAAUCACUACCAAUGAUAGUUUAGCGAUGGUGAUAUCAUCACCUUCAGCUUUA